UAUCAAAAUAAAAUUUGAUAAAGUUUUAGUUAUUUUAAAUUAAAAAUGAAAAAAAUUGAUUUGUGGUUUUUAUUAUAGUGUAAAGAUUAACUCAUAAUUUAUCCUAAUUCAAUUUAAUAUCAGGAAUUUUUUUAAAAGGAAUAUUUAAAUUGCAUAUAAAACAUAAUAAUUUCAAAUCCGCAGACAAAGAAUACAUUGCCGCCAUCCGAAAGCCAAACCAGGGAAGAAGAAAUUUUCUCGCAUCUUCAUUCUUCCCCUUCAGAGAUUGAUUUGGCAGUUUGCUUUAAGAGCACAGGAAAACGAAGUUUUUCCGUUAAGUUUUUGAAUUGAUUUUGCAGCUGUAGUAUCCAGAUUUAUUAUGGAUUAAAAUCUUGAAUUCAAGGUUGAAAUGAGAUGCAAUGCUUGCUGGCGAGAACUGGAAGGACGAGCCAUUUCCACUACUUGUGGUCAUCUCUUGUGCACUGAAGAUGCCAGCAAGAUCCUUAGUAAUGAUGCAGCAUGUCCAAUUUGUGAUCAGGUGCUCUCCAAGAGCCUUAUGAAACCUGUGGAUAUCAAUCCAAAUGACGAAUGGAUAAAUAUGGCCAUGGCUGGAGUAUCUCCUCAAAUACUAAUGAAAAGUGCAUACAGAAGUGUGAUGUUUUAUAUUGGGCAAAAGGAACUGGAGAUGCAAUACAAGAUGAACAGAAUUGUAGCUCAAUGUCGGCAAAAAUGUGAAGUCAUGCAAGAAAAAUUCGCAGAAAAAUUGGAACAAGUGCAUACUGCAUAUCAAAAAAUGGCCAAGAGGUGUCAGAUGAUGGAACACGAGAUUGAGAGUUUGUCCAAGGAUAAGCAAGAGCUUCAAGAAAAAUUUUCUGAGAAGUCCAGGCAGAAGAGAAAGCUUGAUGAAAUGUAUGAUCAUUUGAGGAGUGACUAUGAGUCAAUGAAAAGAUCGGCAAUCCAACCAACAAGCAAUUUCUAUUCAAGAAAUGAGCCUGAAUUUUUCCCUAACCCAGCUGCUACCAUGAUGGAUAACAGAGACCCUAUCAGGAAAGAUUGGUCGGUUUUCACUCCUCCAACUCCAGGGCCUAGAGAGGAUAUAUGGCCAGCAAGACAGAACAGUUCUAAUUCUGGUCCCUUUGAGAUCUCUGGCGGCUCACCCGCAAAACAAUCGGCCAUUCCAAUUGAUGCUGGAAACAGAAGGGCUGGUGUUCACCCUGCUUUUGGAGCUGGAGCUGGCAAUACCUCAAUGACACUAAGGAACUUGAUUCUCUCCCCAAUAAAGCGACCUCAGCUCUCUCGUAGCCGCCCUCAAAUGUUCACGCUAUAAGCUUCAAGUCAGUGUUCUGCAUUUGGCUGGCCUUGUGAUGCUUUCUAGUUGUAAGAAAUCCUUCCUUUUCUUUUUCUCAUUUUUCCCCUCCUGAGUUAUGGAGAAAGAAGAAACAAGAUAGGAAGCCGGUGGUGGUCCAAUAGGAACAUAUUAGUAAGUAUACAUGUGAAUUUUGUUUCCUGGGUUGACACAGACUUUCCUAUAGUUACACUACAAUCUCUGUAAUUACAUUGUGUUGGAUGGCUAGAGGAGGGCCCAUCAAAAGUUUACAGAAUUACUCCUUUUAUUGCUUUGAUGUCACAAAAAGUAAUGUAGAGAUGUAAAAAGGCAAACUAGUUGCUUACUUUUUUUUUCCUCACGCGGUUGGGAAUCUCUGGACUGGAAACCAAAUUUGAUGUCCUUGUGUUUGCAAGGGAAGCAUUCGGAUUUUACUUAACUUCUUUCAA